AUGCCUCUAUUGUUGUACAAAAAUGAUAGCAGUCCACCUGCCCGAACGGUAAUGAUGGUAGCGGACAUACUUGGGUUAAAAUUAAAUAUGAAAGAUUUAAAUCCCGUCUUAAGGGAGCAAGACACGCCAGAACUCACAAAGAAAAACCCCAUGAGAACAAUUCCAAUGCUAGAAGAAGAUAACUUUUGCUUAGCUGAUAGCCACGCCAUAAUCAUUUACCUUAUCGACAAGUAUGGCAGACCAGAGCAUGAGUCCUACUAUCCUUCCGACAAAAGGAAGCGAGCAACAAUUAACCAAAGGUUGUUUUUCGACUGCGGCGUUUUGUUUCCCCGACUCAGAUCCAUUAUGGCACCAACUUAUGGCGGUAAACUAACAGAGAUAUCUAAAUCUAUGAUAAGGAAUGUUGAAGACGCGUACAGAAUACUCGAAACUUAUCUCUCAGACACCUUAUACUUAGCGGAUGACGUCAUAACCCUUGCGGACAUUAGUGUUAUGACUACAAUGUCUUCAUUGAACGGAUUACAUCCUAUAGACGAUAAACGGUAUCCCAAAUUGAAACAUUGGUUGAUAAACAUGUACCAGCAGGAUUAUUGCAGAAGAAUAAAUGAACCAGGAAGCAAACAACAUGUCCAGGUUCUCAAAAUGCUAAUGGAACAUAACAAACUUAAUCAAAAAUCUAAACUUUGA